AUGGACUAUUAUAAGAUUCUCGACGUUUCAAAAACAGCAAAUUUAAAAGAAAUUAAGAAUUCUUAUAGAAAAUUAGCACUCAAAUGGCAUCCGGAUAAAAAUCCCGACAAUGCUGAAAAGGCAGCCGAAAUGUUCGGAAGGAUUUCUGAAGCAUAUGAAGUUUUGUCAGAUUCUGAAAAACGUCGACAAUAUGAUCUUUCAGGAAACACAAAUUCAACACAUUCGUUUUUUAUAUUCCGCAAUCCCACUGAAAUAUUUAAAGAUUUUUUUGGAUUUGCAUCGCCUUUCUUUGAGGUUCAGCAUGGUCAACAUUCUCGACAUUCACAAGCAUCAACAUUAAGUGACUUCUUUCACACAAACAUUUGGACUGAGUCAUCACACAGUCACAGCACAAACAUUCCAAGCACAACUCAUUUUUUUAGUUCAUCGUCAAAUGUUCGUUAUGAAAAUGGAAUAAAAGUUGAGUCAAGAACGAUUCAAAACAAUGAUCAAAAUAUCGAAGAAAUUUACAAAAAUGAUGUUUUGACAACUCGCAUUGUCAAUGGUGUUCAUCAACCUUUGCUAUCAAUUUCAAAUGAAGAAGUUCACAGAAGACAUUCGUAUUAUCAUUAAAAGAUCAACUUUGGUAUUCAUGAUUGAUAUAAAAUUUAUUUCUUUUUCAAUGAGAAAUUUACAACAUUUUAAAAUCCGAAAUCAAUGUUUCUCUUCAU